AUUCGGGAAACAUGGCACCAUUGGAAUGGUUUCAGCAAUCUGUCAAUAUUUUGUGGCAACAGAAUGUUUUCGGCGAUCUGUUAAUAUUCGUGGUAACAGGUCUAGAUCCGGGAAACAUGGCACUGUCGGAAUGGUUUUAG